AUAAAAAUCUCAUCCAUGGAGCACCGUAAACACCUGCGAAUUUCGCUGAUGAAAAAACAUUAAUUGAUUUGCUACGAUGCCACGUCGAAUGAGCCAUCCAUUUCACUGAUUCGAUGUACUGUAAAAGAACAAAGCAAUAAGGACAAAAAUGAGCCAUAUAUUUACUGUUUUUCUCUUUGGGCAAUAUUGAUGUUUUGAGAAAAUUUGUAUUAAUUUUGGCGAGGGGUGCCGUCCUAAAAAUUUAGAAAGGGGGCUGUGCUGUAGGCGAGUUUAAAAGACCACACCCUUACCACACCCAAUAUACUUAAGACGCUCUGUUGGGUGUAGAAGACAUUCAAACUAUUCGAUGACACAAAAAGACUAUAAGAAAUUGCUCAUUGAUGAGGAAUUUUUUAGGGUUGCCAACACAGAACUCGCCCAACCAGAUACGAACUCGCUUAUUAAGGGGGGCUAAGCCCCCCAAAAAUCUUUCUGAAUUUUAACAAGGGGGGCGAGCCCCCCUCUUCCCUCCACGGGAACAGUGCUUUCGGCAUCAAAAAGUCUGCCACUACCUCUCACCAAUAUCAGCCAAACCUAUAACGGCUUGAUCUUCCAAUCAGUUUUACAAUCAUUGUUAUCAUUCUUCCUCAGCGCAGCUUUGGUCUCCACUUUCAGCUUCCAUCUUGCAAAUUCCUACAGUGCCAAGUCACCUAUCGACGGUCUCUGAAGCACUCGAAACAUGAUAAAAUCAAACAUCUUUGGCGAAACACUUGAUAUGGAAAGAAUAUCCAGCAUGAUCAUUACAUGAACAAGAAGGUAGUUUUGAAAGAAAUUAGAAGCCAGCACGAAGACAAACUAAAAAAACCAGCUCGCAAGCCAAGGAAUUAUAAUUUCCUUUCUAAUAAAGAAUUCUCAAAAAAGAAUUUUUGCACUGAAUUGUGUCCGAAAGGAAGUUUUUGCUAAAUUUUAUAGAAACUUGUUGGCAAAUGCUUCGACGGUCUAAAAUGAGCGGGAAAGCUGAGGGCUUGGCAAAGCGAAUGGAGGAUUGUUCUCCGCUGAGCAUCUAUGUCCACUGCCUUGCUUGGCCACUAGUUGAAUCUUGCAGAUAGAGAGUCAAUGAGAAAUGGACUUGGUGUUGUUCAAGGUCUCUACAAUUUCAUUGAGGCCAGCACCAAAAGACAUGUAAUUUCAAGAGAAAAUACAUGAACCGUCAUAUAGCUAAUAGGAACAAAGCGCAACACACUGGGAAUGCCAGAGGCAGUGGACAGGACACUUACUUUCUUUGCAAAGAUAAAGACCCCGUAACCUAUCUAGAAAGCAAAGCUCUGUUCAAUUGUUUCUACAAUAAAAUGGAUAAAGUUUUGGAAGAAAUCUAUGUGCGAUUUAAUAAUAGUGACUAUCGCAUUUUAUGUGUUUUGGUGUAACGGAGGCAUCUGGGGCCCUAAGCUACGAGACUUCUAUUCACGGACAACAAGAAGAUCACAUUAAAUGGUGUAGGGCAUGCCAAACACAAUAUAAAAAGACAAAAAUGAGAAUUAAUUUCUCGUUAGUUAGGGAGAACUGAGCUUUAGAGCUUCAGUUGAGGAACUUUCAAAGUUUUCAAAGGUUAUUUGAACUUGAGCAAAGCUUUGAAGAUAUGGACGUAAAAGUACCUUGGGUCCCUUUUGGUCUGGGGCCCUUGGAUGUUUUCAACCACUGUGUCACGACACACUAGUGUGCCUUGAGGUACUGCCUAGGGUGCCGUGGAAAAUUCUCUAAUUUCACAUGAGUGGUCUAUAAAGUCGAAAAAAAAUUACAACUAUCCGCAAAUAAUGUGCCGUGGAUAGAAAAGAUGUUGAAAAACGCUGAAUCAAGGUGCCCUAAACUGUGUUACGCCACUGGCCCGUGAUAAGGGAAUGCAAGCGUGAAUGCUAACCCUUCGACAGAAAUCAUCAUUAAGGUUUGCUCCUUCUACAAAAUGAUUAUGAGUUUCUGACCUCCUAAAAAUGGAACACAAACUGUUCAAUAAUCACAAGAAUAGGCAGGUAAGCAAAAAGUGUGUGAAUUACUGAAAAUGAUGCAAAUCAUGUUCACAAAAAGAUAUCGAUAAAAUAAUCGAUAUAUUUGGCAGCUUUCGUGGAAGAAAUUCGCUUUUUUGAAGAAAAAUGUGUGAAGUUUUAAAAAUGCUUAUUAGUUAACAUUAUUUCAAUUACGUUGCAUUUUAAUGAUUUCUUGACUAAUAUUAGAAACUCACAUGUGUUAAAGUACACUCCUUAAAAUUUUGGGUGUUAUUAGUAUUCGGGCAAAAAAAAUUCAGCCCCCCCCCCUUCCUGAAAUCACCCCGUACGCCUAUGGGUCUAAGAACAGCUGAAGAUGUGUCAAAAUGACAAUGAUUCUGUUACAGUAAUUGUGGAAAACUGUUACUUGCUUACUUGCAUCCAUCAUAGUCUAUUGACUAUGCAUCCAUGUUGCUAAUGCUACUGUUCAGGAAAGAUAGCUCUUUUGAUGAAAAUUUAAAUUUUUCUGACGAAAGUAGACGGCCCAUAGAACAGAGCACAGGCACUUGCCUUAAUGUCUUUUGCAAAUUGUUCAGCAAUUUAUUACUGUUUUUCAUUCAUUCUAAGAUAUUUGCAUCCAUGUUGCUAAUCUACUGUUCAGGAAAGAUAGCUCUUUUGAUGAAAAUUUAAAUUCUUAUGACGAAAGUGGACGGCCCACAGAACAGAGCACAUGCAUUUGCCAUAAUGUCUUUCACAAGCUGUUCAACUUUCUUACUGUUUUUCAUCCAGGCUAUUUGCAUCCAUCAUAGUCUAUUGAUUAUGCAUCCAUGUUGCUAAUCUACUGUUCAGGAAAGAUAGCUCUUUUGAUGAAAAUUUAAAUUCUUAUGACGAAAGUGGACGGCCCACAGAACAGAGCACAUGCAUUUGCCUUAAUGUCUUUUGCAAGCUGUUCAACUUUCUUACUGUUUUUCAUCCAGGCUAUUUGCAUCCAUCAUAGUCUAUUGAUUAUGCAUCCAUGUUGCUAAUCUACUGUUCAGGAAAGAUAGCUCUUUUGAUGAAAAUUUAAAUUCUUAUGACGAAAGUGGACGGCCCACAGAACAGAGCACAUGCAUUUGCCUUAAUGUCUUUUGCAAGCUGUUCAACUUUCUUACUGUUUUUCAUCCCAGGCUAUUUGUAUCCAUGUUGCUAAUGCUACUUAUUCAGGAAAUCUGACACUGUUGAUGUAAAAAUCAAAAUUCUUAUGGCGAAAGAGGAUGGCCCACACAAUAGAACACGUGCAUUUUUCCUAAUCUCUACUAAAAGGUGUUCGAAGACUUUUCGUUGUUUGUCAUUCAAGAGGGCCGAGCUAUGCCAUCUGCAUCCAUGUUGCUUACUGUACAGGAAUGAUAGCUCUGUUGAUGAAUAUUAAACAUUCUUUUGACGAAUGUAGAAGAUGGCCCACACACACACAGAAAACGUGUGCCCUAAUGCUUUAUGCAAGGUGUUCAACAACUCUUCGUUGUUUUUUCAUUUCAGGCUAUUGUCACCCCUGAAUCCACGAUGUAGAAAACCUGUCGUAUAAAUCUACUACUUUGCUUAUGCUGCUGUUCAGUAAAAAUAACUCUGUUUUUAGUUGUAUGUGAUAAUUAACUUUUGCAACUUGGUUGUUUGAAUAAAAUGUGGUGUGACCCUGGUUGCGAGUUAAAGGACCUAAACAGGCGCGGAUCCAGACUAUUGCUAGUGACGCAGCCGCAUCAGUCAGAUUUCCAAAGAAUUUGUAAGAUAUAGGGCAGUAUUUUCGAAGUAUCGAUGCUGCAGUCAACAUCUUCUGAAUUUUCAUGACUCAUUAUUCGAUUACUAUUUUGCUUAUUACCCCCACCCCCAAUGAGCCUCUUUUCCCUAGAUUUAAUUUCUAUCGUCGUAUCGUGGCCCCAUUAGUCUUAGCCAACCUCAAUGGUUUUAGCUAAGUAUCUUUCAGAAUUGUUUAGACAAAAUUGGCGGGAACAUAAAGACAACUUAAAUUAAUGUUGCGAGCCAAUUGCAUAGCUUGAAUCAAACGUUGCAAACCAAUCCUCUUGCUCCCCAAAACAAUCGAGCUUCGUCAGAAGUGUUGCAAACCAAUCAAAUGAUGAAGCAAAUGUUGCGAGCCAAUAGAUUCACAGAAAGGCACAAGGAGGCUGUAAAACGUCAAGGCUACCUGGUUACCACGAGGAAUCAAGAUGGCCGUCUCACUUCUUGAUGCUCUGAGUGAAUGCCUCUUAAGCAAUAACCUUUCUGCAGACGAUAAAUUAAUAAAAACAAACAAAAUAAAGGAUGAAUGCAUUUUGGCAAUAUCUUCGCGGUUCAGUGAUGGAAAGGCUAGUUUUUCGGGUGAAUUCUGCGAAUUUUCAAGAUUGCAGUUUCCAGCGAGCCAGCAAGAUCGAGCAGGGGAAUUGAAACCUGUCAGAACUACUGGAAAUGGCAGCUGUCUUUUCAAUGCAUCCUCCAUAGCACUCAUCGGUAAUGAGUCAUUGUCAGUCUAUCUUCGUUGCUUGACAAGUAUUGAGAUGUUUCAGAGUUCUUCUUUUUAUGCCUAUCAUCCUAUUUUUCGUGGUAUUAAUCUUAAUGGCAAAGAGAGAAGAGAAGACUCCAUUUUCACCAACACUUUAUCUGAUGUUGGUUUCAAGUCUUAUCACAAUGGUGAUAGAAAUGCAGCUGUUUUGGCAGAGUCAAUUAAUGUUGCCAAAAACUUUUCUUAUUCAUCAUUGCUGUGUAUGACUGCUUUGUCCACGGCUAUUGGGGUGCAUAUUGAGUCUUAUUUUCCCACUAAAACAGACACUUUUACUGAUGUAUAUGAAGUACUUCAUAACAGAAUACUGAGCCCUCGGCCUGGAAGUGUUACUGCAAAUUGUGACAGCAAAAUUCAUAUUUUUCAUUGUGCAUCCAUGCCCCCAGAUUACCUAAAGACAAUGAAGGUUCCAGAAAAGAAAGACCAUUUUGUUCCUUUGAUGCCUCCCAAUUAUAGGUCCACAGAAUUUAAAGCACCUCCCCUUUUUUCAAUAAACCUAAUGCAAAGAGCUGUCAGCAGCAGUCAUGUAACAAAAUCUAAGUCUGGUAUAAGAUCUAGUGGUCCAGGCACCAAGAGGAAAGCAACAAUUUUGGACCACUUUUCAGCAAAGGCAGCUAAGUCUGAAAACUUUCCAUGUCACAAAGAUAGUGGCAAUUCACCAUCAUGCUCAACUUCUUUGACCUGCAAUGUUGAUUUGGUUCCAGAAGAUUCUUCAGAUUCUCAUUCUAUUUCAGAAUUGCAAUAUGACAUUGGACAACAUUAUUUGAAUGUGCAAAGCCUUAGUGAAAUAUAAUAUUAUAGAAAUAUAAUUUGCUUCUGAACUGUUCAAAACUUUGCUCUGAUUUUCAGUGUCCUUUGAACACUUAUGGUCGUAAGUUUUUGCACAGCUGGUUGAUAGACUUCCCCUGGUUGUCAUACUCUAAAAGUUUGGAUGGUGCUUUCUGCAUUUAUUGUGUUUUGUUUGCUCCAAUGGAAAAUAGCAACAAUUCUUCAAAGUUGGUUAAUUUGUGGAAAUCCCCUUUCACGAAUUGGUCCAAUGGGCCAAAUAGGUUUCGUGCACACUGCGAAAAAUCACCUCUGCAUCGGACUGCCACUGUCAUGACUUCUCAUUUCAGGCAGUGUAUGGAGCAAAAGUCGAAGCCUAUUGAUAGGCAAUUGAAUAAUAUGGUUGAUGACCAAGUAAACCUCAACAGGGGAAGGUUAGAACCAAUCGUGGGAGGAGUCAUAUAUUUCGGAAAACAAAAUGUUUCUUUAAGAGGUCAUAGAGAUGACUCCCAGCAUUAUGAUCAAGAGGAUAUUAAUCCUGGCAACUUGCAAGAACUUUUAAAAUACUUGGUUCGCUAUGGCAAAAAUUCUCUUUUUGAGGAUCACAUGCUCAAUGCUCCUAAAUCAGCCACUUACCGUUCCAAAACCAUUCAAAAUGAGCUCAUUUCUAUUUGCGAAGGCUAUAUUCUAGAGAAAUUGACAGACGAAAUUAAGGCUUCCAGAUACUUCUCUGUAUUGGCAGACGAGGCUACAGACACAAGUAACCGGGAACAAAUGGCUCUUGUAAUACGGUUUGUUGACAGUAAGUCUGAGAUUCGUGAGGUUUUUGUCGGUUUUUUUGAAUGCAACGAAGGAAUUUCUGGAGAAGCCAUUUCGAAGAAAAUUCUUGAAGGUGUUGAAAAACUGUCCCUAGAUAUGCGAUUUUGUCGGGGGCAGGGGUACGAUGGGGCCGGCAAUAUGGCAGGCAAAUGUUCUGGGGCAGCUGCCAGAAUUCAACGCAUGUAUCCGGAAGCACCAUAUGUUCAUUGUGGUGCCCAUAUUUUAAAUCUCUGUGUGGCUAAGGCAUGUUCCAUUCAGGUUGUUAGCAAUAUGAUGGGACAAGUUCGUGUAGUAUCGGAGUUUUUUAACAACAGCCCGAAGCGUUUUUCUCAUUUGGAGGGUAAAAUAAAGGAGUUGUCCCCAACUGCUCGACACACUCACCUAAUUGAUGUGUGUAGAACAAGAUGGUUAGCACGAAUCGACGGUCUAGAUAUAUUUCACGAAAUUUUUAUGGCGAUUGUUCUUUGUUUGGAGGCCAUGAGUUUCAACGACAAUAGUUCUUGGAAUGCUGAUACAGUACGCGACGCCGGCAGUCUUUUCCUUUCAAUUACUUCAUUUCAAUUCGUUAUUUGUCUGGUCGUCGUCUCUCGCUGCUUAGAGGUUACUAGGCCUCUAACUAAGCAGCUUCAAUCUAUUUCGUUGGAUGCUCUUGCGACCAAUUCCAAAGUAGCUCUGCUUAACGCUUCGUUGCAGCGUUUGAGAAAUGAGAAAAGUUUUUGUCACCAGCAGUGGUUUAGCGAAGCAGAAGAGUUAGCUCGCUCUGUUGGUGUUGAGCCUGCCCGACCUCGGACAGUUCCAAAACAGGCUAAUCGUGAGAAUGUACCAGCCGAGAGUGUUAGCCAAUACUACGAACGUAUUGUUACCCUUCCAUUUUUGGAUCACUUGAUCACACAAAUUCAAACCCGCUUUUCCAACAGGAAUUUGACCGCUUUAAACGGUUUUUAUGCAUUCCCAUCAAAAGU